UAUACUUCCUUUUUAUUAGUUUUCUGAAAAUGCAAAUCGAUUGUCAAUAUGGUUUUUAAACUUAAAAGAGACUGCUUUUGGUUGUUAUCAGUUUUCUGACACCUCUCGACUUAAAAUGAUACACUGAUUACUUGAAAGGAGUUAUGAAUACACGAGGCUAGAACACAAUCCGUACGUCCAAUAAUGGGCUGCGGAGGUUCAACACCACCUCCACCAUUGCCGACGCCACCCCGGACCCCCACGCCUCCACCACCGCCACCAAGGACACCGACGCCCCCACCUCCGCCUCCUCGAGAACCGACACCUCUUCCGCCGGACAUGGCGGAAGUGAUAAUAGACACCGCUGUGGAUGAGCAUGAAUUAUCAUCAACUGAAGGAUCUUACCCGGAUGUGAUUCCACCGCCUUCUAGUGACGCUGCAGACGUCAAAAUUAAAGGCAACGACCGUUGGUUCGAGGAUGACGACUUCAAUAAAGCGAGCGACGACGCCGAUCUUUUUGACGUGGAGGAAGGGCAUGAUGAUGUUAGCGUAACGUCAUUUGGUGGGGAGGUUGGCGGACGAACCAAGAAAGAUAAACAUUCCACUAAAACUAAACCAACUUUAAAGUUUAAUGAAGUGGAUGACCAUGCAAGAAAGGCAAGUGACAGACUCAUGGAUUCCUUUAGCGAAUUGACUGCCUACCUGAAACGUUCAUGGCCCCAGGAUCGGUUCAAUGAAAUAAUGCUGGCUCGAGCUAUUGUUGUAUGGAUGAGCACUCAGCGGAUGGACACACCCUGUGUUGGAGAUAUGGAGAGUCCUCGGGGUGUGAUGCAGCUGGUGAAAGAAGAACGGAUGACGUAUACAACGUGCUAUGCUCUUCUAUGCAGGAAAGCUGGUCUCCAAUGUGCCAUUAUAACUGGUCUCGUAAAAGCAGCGCGGUACGAACCAGGGGAUACGAAACUUCCGACAACAAACUGGACAGCCGUAUAUUGUGGCGAUUUCGGGUGGCAAAUUGUGCACCCUUUUUGGAUUUGUCGAGCGUUGUUUGGGCAGAAUCUCGGUGGCUGGACGAAAGUGGAAGCUGAUGGAAAAUCAAUGCGGCAACAAGAGAAAGCUGCCGGGGGAAUAGUCCGAAAUACGUUUCAGGACCGGUACUUUAUGCCAAAACCCUCGGAAUUCCUCUACGAAGCAUUUCCCUUCCAAAAGGACUGGCAACUGGUUGAACCAAAAGCUCAACUUAAGACCAAGGAAGAGUUCUACAAAUAUCCAUACCUCCUCCCGCCCUUUCACGGCCAAGCUCUCACUCUGGAGAGUGAACAGUCUUGCGUUUUAGAAACUGUUAAUGGAUUCUCCCGCAUUCAACUGAAAGCCAAAACGACGAACGCACAUAUGCUUAAUCUUCAAUACGAGCUGUUCAAGAAAGACGGGCAUGACGAUUCAGACGAUUCAAAGAACGUUCUGGCACGGAUGGUCUUUAACUCAAGAGCGAACGAACAUUUUAUAUUUGAUGUACGGUUUCCGAGAACGGGAACAUACAAACUUGUUAUUUACGGCGGGCCAUAUAAGUCGACAGCGCUACGGCUGUGUGAAGUUUUGAUUAAAUGUAAACAGACGAUGAAAGAUUUUGACCUACUGCCUCUUAGCUGUGAACAUUUUGGUUAUGGACCAGGCCCAGUAUCGAUGGAAGCAGGCCUUAUGAUGCCAACCAAACCGAGUGGACUUAUUCCUGUGAACAAGAACGACAAGAAGCUUACAACGGAGAUAAAGUUUCAAAUCAGAGAUGAUUUUGUUAAACACGAGCAGUACUCUGCAGCUAUACACGGGGGUGAGGUUGGUGGGCGGCGAGCGGCGAAGAUCGAUGGUAGCGACUUUGUGAAAGGGGUAAAUGAUGAAAGUGUAUCAGAGAAGGAACACGUCUCAGUUAAAAUUACCACUGAGUAUCAGUUGGUGAUAACGGUUCGCCUUCCGCAAGAGGGUGAAUUUGGCGUCACCAUCCACAAGGCGGCAAGUGUUUCCGGUGGGCUGCAAGAGAAGGCCAUCUGCAACUACCUGGUCUCCACGCUGCAAUAUCAUGGUGCAUUUUACAAGGCAAAUGUAAAGAACAUUAAGGCAGAGAUGACACGUGUAUGCAGCGAGCCAGCUAGCGGAGCAGACAUGAAAAAGAAAAUAGAGAACAUAGACUCUCUGCUGAAUAAGGCCCGGAAAGAGAAGAUUCCUGACACCGAUGAGGACGUCUGUAUGGCGGAGACGAUGAAAGAGUUCCUCAAAUGCAAAGACUUACUACGUGAUUGCCACCUCCGUGACAACUUCCACGUGUCCGUUCGAGCUCUGACCAUCUUGACUCGGUACAAAUACAAAGAAGCUUUACAUAACGAAAUUGUAGCUGUGAAAAAUCUUAAGCAAAAACAGGAGAAUCAGAGAAAAGAAAAUCACAUUUAGGAAACUAUAAACGAACUCUGGUGUUUGAUGACGAGAUGGUGUGGUUAGUUAUAGAGACUUCUGGAUGUUUAGUACUUUACUUAAAAUGUGCAUGUUAAGCAACAUAAACUUGUAUUACAAGUCAGUUAAUGUCAACAUUUUGACACAUAUUAUAGGUGAAUUAACCAAACGAUAAACAUUGUACAUGUAUGACACUGGCAUGUUAUUUGAGUUUCUACCUUCACAAACUGUUGCCUAAGUGAAUUAUAUUCUUCAGGCAUUGUAUCAAAUUUUGGAUAAAAAAUGAUGGUCGUUGAAACUUUUAUUUGGCACAUAAAUAUGCAAACCAAUGUUUUAUAUUAACAUAUUUAGCAAUA